GCUACAGAAACCAUCAUAGCAAUUAAAUCAUUAUUAUCUAACCAAACAAUGAAUCAUUAGCUAAACCAUGCAAUUAUGCCUACAAAACCUCAUUAAAUUAUUCCCAGCGUUCUCCAAACAGUCAAUGAUUAAACACACAAACAACCCUUUAAAAUCCCUCAUCUUGUCUUCUUCAACCAUUGGUGUUGGUUGUUGGAUCAUACAUCCGAUAUGGGACUUUAUGAUCACUGCCUUCUCGCACUACUUCUGUUCCUCUGCAUUAACCUGUCUUCUUCUUCAUUUAGUCAAGGCAAAGAGCCAAGGUACGUGACUGCAGAUGCGGAAGAAGUCUCAGGCAUGUCCUUUGAGUACAUUGUAGUCGGGGGAGGGACCACCGGCUGUCCCCUGGCUGCAACCUUGUCUGAGAAAUUCUCGGUAUUGUUGGUAGAACGCGGCGGCUCGCCUUAUGGGAAUCCUCUGAUCACAGACAGAGAGUCCUACGGGUUCUCAUUGUUACAAACUGAUGAAUAUUCGUCAGUUGCACAAGGUUUCGUCUCCGAAGAUGGUGUCGGCAACUUAAGAGGACGAGUUCUUGGAGGAUCCUCAGCUAUAAAUGGUGGUUUCUAUAGCCGGGCGAGUGAGGAUUUUGUUAAGCAAGCCGGGUGGGAAGAAAAAUUGGUUCAAGAUUCUUAUAAAUGGGUGGAAUCCAGAGUUGUUUCCACACCUGAGUUAACUCCAUGGCAGACUGUUGUUGAGUUCGGUUUCCUUGAAGCAGGAGUUCUACCCUACAAUGGAUUCAGUUUGGAGCAUAUCCCAGGAACAAAAAUCGGAGGAAGCAUAUUUGAUCAAUUCGGAAAAAGACAUUCCUCAGCCAAUCUUUUAGAAGCUGGGAAUCCUAGUAACAUUACAGUACUUCUGAAUGCAACAGUGAAGAGUCUCAUCUUCCAUGAUAGGAGUAAGCAAAUUAAUAACAUACUAGCAAGAUUUCUUAUCAAGAACAAAUUUUUCUUCACUGUUAAUUCACAUACGAAGUUCUCAAAGGUCAUUUUUAUUGCAGGUGAUGGAAAUGAGAGCAGAGUCUGCGGGAUAAAGUAUAUGAAAAGUGAUGGCAGCACAGAUCAAAUCUAUGAAGCUUACAUCAAUCAGCCAGAGAAUACAAGCUCAUGGGGUGAUGUUAUUUUGUCAGCAGGUGCAUUAGGCAGUCCCCAGAUCUUACUCUUAAGUGGAAUUGGUCCAAGAAAGCACAUAGAGAAGUUCAAUAUCUCAACCAUGGUGGAUCUGAAAGUAGUUGGAAAAGAGAUGAAAGACAAUCCUAGCAUUGCUCUUCUGGUAGACCCUUCACCAGAAUCACCACAAAUUCGACAACCAGAGCCGCCACUAGUUGCAGCCAUAGCAAGCAACUUCAAAUUCAUAAUAGAAGCAGGAGUUAUACCCAUUAGCUUCAAUUCAACAAGGAUGCCAAUAGCUGCCAAGAUUGCAUUUCCUGAAUCUAAAGGAACGCUCAAGCUACAAAGUACAGACCCCAGGAAAAACCCUUUGGUGAAAUUCAACUAUCUAACCAAGAAAGAAGACUUGGAUGAAUGUGUAAACAUGGUAAGUGUGCUUGAGCAUGUUGCAAGAUCAGAAUCAGUAUCGUUUUUCCUGGGAAAUCAGCCUCAACAUAAGUAUCUGACGAGGAGUGAAGAUGAACUUAAACAGUUUUGCCGGGAUAAUGUGAGGACCUAUUAUCACUUUCAUGGCGGCUGUGUUGUUGGAAGGGUUAUUGACCAGGAUUACAGAGUCCUCGGGGUUGAAGGAUUAAGAGUAAUAGAUGGAUCAACCUUAAUAGAAUCACCAGGAACAAAUCCAAUGGCUACCCUUAUGAUGCUGGGAAGGUAUCAAGGAAUCAAAAUACUCAGGCAGAGGAAAAGAGUUUCUGCCUUUGUCACUCAUCGUUCUCCCUAAAUAUCAACUGGGUAUUGAUAUCUUGUAUCAGGGAUAGGAUCUUUACAUUUAUGUUUGAAACAAACAAAUCUGCUAUAAUGAAAAAAGGAAUUUCCUUACAAACUUCCGAAAAUUAUGAAAUUUGGAAUUCGUCAGUAAGACAACCAAUCAAAUGAACAAGAUUGUUGGGCAGACAGCAAAAAUGAAACCAAAGUAAUUAACUUAAUUUCUAGAUUUGCAAAGAAAAUUAUUCAGAAAGGAAAAAAAAAAAAAAAAAAUUCCCAUGUACACGUAAUUCCCUUUGAGAGAACAAAAAGAAGCAAGGAAGAAA